GCCUGGUCUUGUUUGUCCGAAAUAACCGCCCAGAGGCGUUACCAAGAUGGCUGUCGAGUGGCAGGACUAGCCUGUUGCUGCUGGUUGCAGGGCCCUGUGGAGCAGAAGAGCUGUGCCAUUCCCCCUUUUUUCCUCUCAUGCCCUCCCCAGUGUGUUUCCCUGCGUGUUAGUGACCCCGCGUCCCCACCUACCCCCCCCCACCUGAUCCCUCCUGUCGUGUCGCACACUCCUGCCCGAAGCCCCCCUCUUACCCCAUGCUUGGGACAAAGCCAGCUCACUGCCAGCCCAAUGACUGCCUGGAUCGUCCUGCCUGUCAGCCUGUCUGCCUUCUCCAUCACAGGGAUAUGGAUAGUUUACGCCAUGGCUGUGAUGAAUCACCACGUUUGUCCUGUGGAGAACUGGUCUUACAAUGUAACGUGCACAGAGGAGCUGCCCCGUCCAGGCUUCCCCAAGACAUGCUGCACCCUCCAGGACAUCCCCCUCAUAAGUAAAUGUGGCUCCUUCCCUCCUGAAAGCUGCCUGUUCAGCCUGAUCGGCAACCUUGGAGCAUUCAUGGUGGUGAUGGUGUGCUUUCUGCGCUACGCCCAGGUGAUCGAACACAGCCACCGAUGCUGGGUGAACACCAGCGCUCUGGUGUCUGGCUGCACCAACGCUCUGGGUCUGGUCAUGGUGGGCAACUUCCAGGUUGAUCACGCCAAAUCUCUACACUACGUUGGGGCCGGCGUGGCAUUUCCAGCAGGGCUGCUGUUUGUGUGCUUGCAGUGUGUGCUCACCUACCGGGUGGCUGUGACUGCCCUCGACUACUGGAUGGCCCAUUUCCGAGUGGCUCUGGCACUGGGAGCCAUGGUGUCCCUCGUCCUCAGCGGCAUCUUCUUCAUCCACGAGAGCUUCAUCCUUCAGCACGCCGCGGCCAUCUGCGAGUGGGUCUUCACGGUGGACAUCCUCAUCUUCUACGGCACCUUCACCUACGAGUUUGGCACCGUCACCAGCGAGACCAUGAUGGCAGGCCUGCAGCAGAGUCACCACCUCGGCUCCGGGGUUAUGAUGGGCUCCAGGUCCCGGGGCUCGACUCUGGGCGGGGCGACUAAGGGCCUCAAGUCCCCCGGGGGAAGCAGCACAUCCACACAUCUCAACUGUACGCCAGAGAGCAUAGCCAUGUUGUAGCUCUGCACAAAGGUGUGAACUGCAGAGGUGCUUCAUGGCCCCCCCCCCCAGGCAGGACAACAGAGGCAGCAUGUGGAGGGAGUUCUGAUAUCUUUUGACCAUUUGAACCAACACCAAGUUAUCCCAUCUGUUAUGCUGUACCAUCUUUUUCUUUUCUUCUACCCCCCCCCCCCC